AUGACAUAUCCAACCCCAGAUACCCUGUACAAUGUCGGAUGGAGGAUCAGCGAUGAUUUUCUUUCCAUUGAGCAAUUGGUUAGGGAUGAAAUUAAGCGCAAUGCAGCCGUCUUGAAUGAGCUGCAGCGAUUCGAGCUAUGGGCCACCAACCUGGGACUUCAUCACAGUGGGCAAAGUUCCCUCGACUAUCGCCUACGUGACUCAGAUCUCGUUUUCAAUUACGCUCUUGACCUGCUUUAUGAUCUAGAAAGGGCGCUGCGGCAGCUCAAAGAUUCCCUCACUGAUUAUCAUGGAGAUAUCGAAAUCUCAAAGGAUGAUACUCAUCCUCAUAUUAACAGCGAUGGUAGAGUUCUCUUUAGCAAGGAAGAUUCUGACGAAGAGGAUCUUUCGUCAUACCAAAAGGAAGCCCCCACAGAAGCUGUCUUCCACAAUAUAGUUUCGACGGUUGACAAGCUGUAUCGACUCGCUUUCAAGAUUCGAAAUCCUGCCAUGAGAUUCGGACUUUCAAAAGCAGCAAGCUACUCCGAGACGGAUCUAGAAACUGGGCGAGACCUCAUUAAAGAGUUCGCAAUACUUGAUAUUCGUCAUGUACAGGAAAUCUUUCGCUCUUUUGGUCAUACUGAUCUCGAUCGAUUUCAUUACUUGAUCGAACGCCUAGGAAAAGCCAACACCCGACGGAGGCAACAAUUUCGAUAUUGGCAGAAGCGCAGGGCAAAGUAUGAGUCGUCAGAACGCCCCCAUCAGACAAAAGGAACCAACAUAAUUGGAAGACCACUAAAGCUAGUAACAAAUAUGCAAAUGGUACAACCAGCUCCCGAAUCCUCAAAGCCCUCGACAGCAACAUGGCUUAACUCAGACGCGAUCAACCUAGAUGAUAAUGCCUCUGCGAUAUCCUCGUCAAGUACCUUUACCUCUAUAUCCAAUGAGCUAAAUGGUGAUCAAGCAGGGAUCCCGCCUCCGCCAGCGGUAGAUUUGUCUGCCAAAGAAUUCGAAUGUUCUUUCUGCUGCAUUAUAUGCCCGCGGAAAACAAUGGCAACGAAAGCAUGGGAGUCAUCUGGCAACGAGGAUAUCCUUGACUCCCCUAGUGAAGUUUCCGAUGAAGCCCAAAUUGAUUCUGACAGCUCAGGAGGUCCAUCGAUUAGCAUCGUAUCCGCUGACUCAGACAAGUUGGACACCGCGGGGACCGGCAUGAUCGACUUGAAUGCGAUGGACAAUAAUGGACAGACUGCCCUACAGCGGGCGGCAAGAAACGGCCAUGAAGAUGUCCUCAGGCAGCUACUAAAUACCGGUGAGGUCGACCUCAACGCUAAGGACGAACAUGGACGGACGCCGCUCAGCUGGGCGGCAGGGAACGGCCAUGAAGAUGUCCUCAGGCAGCUACUAAAUACCGGUGAGGUCGACCUCAACGCUAAGGACGCACAUGGACGGACGCCGCUCAGUUGGGCGGCAGGGAACGGCCAUGAAGAUGUCCUCAGGCAGCUACUAAAUACCGGUGAGGUCGACCUCAACGCUAAGGACGCACAUGGACGGACGCCGCUCAGUUGGGCGGCAGGGAACGGCCAUAAAGAUGUCCUCAGGCAGCUACUAAAUACCGGUGAGGUCGACCUCAACGCUAAGGACGAACAUGGACGGACGCCGCUCAGCUGGGCGGCAGGGAACGGCCAUAAAGAUGUCCUCAGGCAGCUACUAAAUACCGGUGAGGUCGACCUCAACGCUAAGGACGAACAUGGACGGACGCCGCUCAGCUGGGCGGCAGGGAACGGCCAUGAAGAUGUCCUCAGGCAGCUACUAAAUACCGGUGAGGUCGACCUCAACGCUAAGGACGAACAUGGACGGACGCCGCUCAGCUGGGCGGCAGGGAACGGCCAUAAAGAUGUCCUCAGGCAGCUACUAAAUACCGGUGAGGUCGACCUCAACGCCAAGGACGAACAUGGACGGACGCCGCUCAGCUGGGCGGCAGGGAACGGCCGUGAAGCUGUCAUCAAACUGCUGCUUGAUACCGGGCCGCGCCCUUUUUUGGAGGAAGGCGCUUGA